AUGCCACCUCAUGCUGUUCAUUCCAACACCAUCUUACCAAUGUCGACUUUAGCCGUCAUCAUUAUCGAAUCCAAUGUCUCCGAUCAAAGUCUCCGACAUGUGAGAUCAGAUCCUGUUCAUUCAAGAGCUUAUUUAUCAGAAACCACCCCUUUUAAGGUCAAUUCCAAGAUGAUCUCCAAUCAACCCCUCUAUCGCUUCGUCAGCAGAAAAGCUUGGCCCUCCAAUACCAACAGAGCCGCUUGGAUAUGGCCUCAUAUCAGUGCAUCAGUAAUUGCAAACUCCGCCAGCUUUGGUCCGCCGUGGUCCGUCAUUCGUCCGUGA